CCCCUCUCCGCCUUCCUCCCACAGCCGAUCCACCUCCGCUGCCGCCCGAUGUCCCCCCCGCUGCCUCUCCUCCGGCCUUCGCCGGCCGUCGCCCAGUCUUUCGCCUCGCGCUACCAGGCCUGGCGCGGCCUGCGUCACCGGCGCACCUUCAUGGGCACCCCGCACCCGGUGUCUCUGGUGCAGCCCAUUUGGUUCCGCUUGCCGCUGAAUGCAGACCCUCAGCCGGUUGCUCCGGACACCCCGGACGACGUGGCUCCCUGUGAGUCUGAGUCUGACCACGCCGGCGUCAUGGUCGAGGAAAUGCGCUUUUACAAGCACGAGGUGGAUUUCGCCCACGUGCAGCACGACUUCUGGAUUCGAAACAACAGCCUCUUCCAGCGCGACCUUCCGAAGGACUACUUCACGGCCUCCCGGACCCCGGGCUACUCGAUUGCCGAUGCCGAGCGGCUGGAGGGCUUCCGCAGCACCUUCCGGGACAUGACCCGCCGGGACUUCCUGGCCUUCCACGCGGUUUGGCUUUCCGGCGUCACCCAAUCGGUCAAGUAUUCCUUUUUGGCGUCGGUGGCCCGGCUCCGGUGGCUGGUCACCGGCCACGGGAACUGGAUCGAGGCCCAGCCCAGCCAGGCGUUCACCGCUCCCAAUGCCACCAUCUCUUCGGUCCUUCGUCAAUUCGAGCCGCCCACCAUCGCCGCGGCCAGCGACGAUCUGCUGGCCGCCGAGGAGGCCCUCUCCACCUGCCGGGCCCCCAGCAAGGAGGGACAGCAGCACGCAUGAGCCUGUCUCGAGUAAAGUCCAGCGAGCAGAGGGAGGAUGGCUUGCUCCCUUUUCGCCACACCCCUGCCCGUCCCACUGUGCUUUGGUGGGCGAGCCCGCUCGCAUCUCCUAGACCGGAAGGGUGCAUUCCUUUGUCCACUACCUUCCUCCCCCUCCCCCCCCCCC